AUGGACCACCAGGAGUAUGGUGUGAGGGCUAUGGCAGCAGCAAAAAAUGCUGGAUGCAUCCUCAGUGGGACUAUGGAACAGACUCCAAAAGCAAAGAUCCUGACAACACCAAAAAGUUGUAAUAUCCAAAGGCAGAGGGUCAGUGGAAUCAGCCAAAAAGGGGAUAUUUUGAUUGGUGGUACAUUUCCGGUGCACUUUGGAAAAACGUCCUUAGAACCAUCAUUUCAGCAACAGCCUGUUACUGAUUCCUGUGGCAUGUUAAUACUAACAUUUUAUGAUGUUAUACAGUCAACGAUCUUUGCAGUCCAGCAGAUUAAUCUGGAUCAAAGGCUACUGGCAAAUAUCUCACUGGGAUUUAAAAUAUUUGAUUCAUGUGACACUGUAAGUCGAGCCCUAGAAGGCAUAAUGUGGUUUCUAACUGCACAAGAUCUACCAGUCCCUAACUACCACUGUACAUCAAAGCCUCCUUUAGCUGCCAUACUUGGGGAUGUCCGGUCGCACCUGUCUAUACCAAUGGCAAGACUUUUAGGCAUCUACAAAUAUCCACAGCUGUUGCACUAUAUUUGGAGAGUUAGUUUUCGGACUACUCUUGGAAGUGAAAUGUAUUUUGAUGUAAAUGGAAAUCCCCCUGCAAUUUAUGAUAUUCUAAACUGGAAAAAAACUGAAGGAGGAGCUCUAGCAAUUUCUAAGGUUGGACGCUUUGACUUUACUGCUCCUAAGGAUCAGAGUCUCAUAAUAAACAUCAGCUCUAUUCAGUGGAAUGGAGGCUCCACACAGGUCUGGGUAUUCAUGAUGCAUAUUGUUCUUUACUUCUGCAUACCAGUUUCACUGUCAUCUGUCACUGUUAACAGAUGA